AUGACCGGCCAAUCUCGCAUGAAGAUCGCUCUGAUCGGCCUAGGCCGUCUGGGUGCCAUUCGCGCCCGAAUUCUGGCCUUCCAGCAACCUCGCAUUGAGCUUGUCGCUGCCUGCGAUACAAAACCCGGGGCAGAUGAGUGGGCAGCGACAAAUUUGCCUUCGUCAGUCAACGGUGCGGAGGCUGUCUUGAUCUCGACGGCCACUGCUACCCAUGCCCCGUUAGUCCUCAAAGCACUUGAUUUAGGCCUGCAUGUCAUGUGUGAGAAGCCCAUCUCGGUAGAUGUCCUCACUACUGAGGAGGUCGUCGCCAAAGCCGCUUCCAAGCCUCAUCUUAAGUUCUUGGUGCCCUUCUGUCGACGGUAUGAUGAUUCGUAUCGUCAGGCGAAGCAGAUGGUCAUGGAUGGGUCACUCGGUGAUAUCCACGCGGUCGAGAGCUCUUGCAUUGACCAGCAGGAUCCUACAGGAUUCUUUGUGAAAUUUUCCGAGCAGUCUGGAGGUAUCUUUGUUGAUAUGGGGGUCCACGAUGGCUCAGUUGCUCACACCGCACUGAUCGACAUUGGUAGAUACUACCUGGAUGUCAAGUCGGGCCUCACCAACCCCAAGAAACAGGUCAACAGAGUCAUUGCCAUGGGGCAACAGGCUGUGUAUGGCGAGCUUGCCAAGUAUGGCGACUGCGACAACGGAUGGGGUCUGGUAGAAUUCGCCAACGGCAAGAUCCUCACCUUCCACUUGGGCCGCACUCUCACCAACGGCUUCGAGGGGAUGACUCGCGUGUGCGGGACUAAGGCCCACUCGGUCAUCAAUGCAAACUCCACUAUCAAUCGUGUUGAGAUUCGUGAUUCGCAUGGUGUGCGUACGGCUACAACCCCAGAUGCUUUCGUCCUCUACGAUAAAUCGUUCAUCAAAUACUUGGAAGAGUUUGCGGCCGCGGUUCUUGACGGCGAGCCUCUCACUUGCGCCCCCGAGGAUGCCUAUGAGGCGGCUAAGAUUGCCACCGCUCUACAGUACUCGUUCCGCAAUGGCGUACCAGUAUACUUUGACGACAAUGGUCUGCCUAUCAUGGAAGUUGCGAAGGACAAGGCCUAG